AUACAUGCUGCAUAGUGAGUGAAGGCUUAAAGAAGAAGUGGAGUGUGAUUCGGAGUGUGUUUUCGAUGGCGGAUGGCAGCAGCAGCCCUCCCUGCAUUGCAGCAGUGGAUCAGAGCAGAGCGGAGAGAGCAGGGAGAGCCAGCGUGCCACACAGCACCGAGCGCCCAAUCACGCGCCUCCGUGUGGCUCUCAAACCAAUCGGCAGCCCACAGCUGAGGUUAAAGAUUGACAAUUGCACCGAGAGCGGCAGGGAGAGAGAGCAAGGCCCUUCUGGAAAAUUCUGCACCCAUCUUUGUCUCAUCCCUUACCAGCUAUUAUAAUUGAAGGGAAAAAAAAACAAUAUUAAAAAAAAAAAAAACAAGGCCCUGCCUGAAGAACCUGUUCAUUGUGCACGUAAAGAAAAAUAAGUUUAGCAGAAGAGGAGGUGAAGACAGAGUCAGAUGUGAUUGAAGGAAUGGAGAUUGCCACACGAUCCAAAGUGUCUGAUCCAGGGUCAGUGGAGCGCACUGCCCCAAAGCGCAAAGCACCAAGCCCACCACAUUCGUCCAAUGGACACUCUCCGUCAGAAGCUUCUCCUAGCCCAGUCAAAAAGAAGAAGAAACCAGGAGCCGUCAACAGCAGCAAAGAUCAGUCCGAACUAAGACAUGGUCCCUUUUACUAUGUGAAGCAGCCCGCACUCACCACAGACCCUGUUGAUGUUGUACCGCAGGACGGCAGGAACGACUUCUAUUGCUGGGUGUGCCACCGCGAGGGCCAGGUGCUCUGCUGUGAGCUCUGCCCACGCGUCUACCAUGCCAAGUGUCUCAAACUAGCUGCUGAGCCUGAAGGCGACUGGUUCUGUCCUGAGUGUGAGAAAAUAACUGUUGCAGAGUGCAUCGAGACCCAGAGCAAGGCGAUGACCAUGCUCACACUUGACCAGCUGUCUUACCUUCUCAAGUUUGCCCUCCAGAAGAUGAAACAGCCGGGUACAGAACCGUUUCAGAAGCCAGUGUGUCUUGAGCAGCAUCCUGAUUACGCAGAGUAUAUUUUCCAUCCCAUGGAUCUCUGUACAUUAGAAAAGAACAUCAAAAAGAAGAUGUACGGCUCUACCGAAGCGUUCCUGGCUGACGUGAAGUGGAUUUUGCACAACUGCAUCAUUUACAACGGAGGAAACCAUAAGCUCACCACAACAGCGAAAGUUAUCAUAAAAAUCUGCGAACAUGAAAUGAAUGAAAUUGAGGUCUGUCCAGAGUGCUAUCUUUCAGCCUGCCAGAAGAGAGACAACUGGUUUUGUGAGCCGUGUAGUAACCCUCAUCCCCUAGUGUGGGCCAAACUUAAGGGCUUUCCAUUCUGGCCUGCCAAAGCUCUACGAGACAAAGAUGGACAAGUAGACGCACGAUUCUUUGGACAGCAUGAUAGGGCCUGGGUCCCAAUCAAUAACUGCUACCUCAUGUCUAAAGAGAUUCCUUUCUCCGUAAAGAAGACCAAAAGCAUCUUCAACAGUGCCAUGCAGGAGAUGGAGGUCUACGUGGAGAACAUACGGAAAAAAUUCGGCAUCUUCAAUUACGCCCCGUUCCGCACACCGUACACGCCCGACAACCAGUUCCAAAUGCUCCUCGACCCAGCAAACCCUGGCGCUGGCUCAGUCAAACCUGAAAAACAGGAGAAGAUCAAGUUUAGCUUUGAUAUGACAGCAUCACACGUAGGCAAGGGCAUGGUGUCGGCCGGGAUGGGUGGCGGAGGGACUACGGGUAGGCGGAUCGCUAUGCCGGACAUCCCGCGAUCACCAAUGAGCACUAACUCUUCUGCCCAUACCGGAUCUGAUGGCGAGCAGGAGGGUGGAGAAAAGAGCCAGACCAGGGCACUUCUGCAACACCACAGCACAGGAGAAGAGUCUCUCGAUAGCACAGCGUCCCCUGCUGCUCCGCGAGCCGGUCCUGCAGGCAGUGCCAUGGACAGCCCUAAACCAUUUCACUCUACAAACACACCCAUUAAACAGGAGAAGACCCCCGCUACAGGCAGCAUCUUAAACCUUAACCUCGACCGUAGUAAGGCCGAGAUGGACCUAAAGGAGCUGAGCGAGACUGUACAGCAGCAGCAGGGCGCUCAGGCCUCACUCACGUCCCCUAAAAGACAAAUCAAGAGCCGCUUCCAGCUCAACCUUGACAAGACCAUUGAGAGCUGCAAAGCACAGCUGGGUAUAGACGAGAUAUCAGAGGAUGUGUACAAAGAUGAGGAGCACAGCGACUCGGACGACUCCGACAAGUCUGACUCCAGUGACAGCGAGUACGCCAGCGACAACGAUCAAAAACCAAAGAGCAUCAAGGACUCUGCUGCUGAUGACAAAACAGAGAAAGAACUCUCAAAAAAGAAGCCCAAACCGCCAUCCCCUGCUGGCGAAGACAAGGACAGCAGCACAGAAUCCUCUGGUACAUCGAGCUCACUGACCAAAGGCGAGAUUGUGCAGAAAGUAGGAAGUGGUGUCUCUCAAGCAAAAGAGAAGCCAGCGGUUGAGCUGGACAAAGAAGUGCCUAAAGCAGCACCGGCAUCUCCCAGUACAAGAGAUAAGAUCAAGGUAACAGAAGAAGCCAGGCAGCCUGUGUCUGUCGAUGUCGACAUGGACUCAGAUUCAGAGCGAGAGCUGGUGAUUGAUUUGGGAGAAGAACCUGGAGGAAGGGAGAGGAAAAGGCGUAGGAAAGACUCAGCCGCUGUCACCGCACUCAAAGAACCUGCAGCCUCCAAGACAGAGGCUAAGGGCCCUCCCACAGGAAGCCUUGCUCCAUCUCAAACCCCUUCAGCACCCUCUUCCACUCCAGGCCUCAAAGACCCAUCGCAGUCUCCCAUGGCAGUUCCUCUAAAUGUAGUCACCAUCCCCGCUGUCCCUAGCAGCACUGCGCUCGUCUCUUCUUCCCUGCCUAACUCUGCACCUCCUACAGCCCUGCCCUCCUCCACCCCCACCAGCACGGUGAAGAAACAGCGUCCCCUGCUGCCCCGUGAGAGCGUGCCGGUGGUGCAGCGGGCCGUUGUGUGGAACCCCGGUACCAAGUUUCAGACGUCCUCUCAGAAGUGGCACAUGCAGAAAGUGCAGCGGCAGCAGCAGAGCAACACGCAGCCACAGACUCAGGCACAGACGUUAUCACAAGCACAGCAGGCAUCGUCUUCACCGUCUUCUUCUAGCACUCGAUAUCAGACACGACAGGCUGUUAAGGCUGUGCAACAGAAAGAUUCCCCACACAGCACCUCAACCUCGGCUGUCACUCUAGUCACCAGCACCCCUGUGUCUGCAGCCAUAAUGGCAGGUGUCACAGUUAGCUCUUCCUCCUCCUCAUCAUCCUCCUCCUCCUCCAUGACUGGAGAUCUACAGAUCCCCACCACCUCUGCUGAUGUGGCAGCUGAUAUUGCAAAAUACACCAAUAAAAUCAUGGAUGCAAUCAAGGGGACAAUGACUGAAAUAUACAAUGACCUCUCCAAGAGCACCUCAGGAAACACGAUAGCUGAAAUUCGGCGGUUACGGAUCGAAAUCGAAAAGCUGCAGUGGCUCCAUCAACAGGAAUUAUCAGAGAUGAAGCACAAUUUAGAGCUGACCAUGGCGGAGAUGCGGCAGAGUCUGGAGCAGGAGCGAGAACGGCUGGUUGCAGAAGUGAAGAAGCAAAUGGAGAUGGAGAAACAGCAGGCUGUCGAUGAAACAAAGAAGAAGCAGUGGUGUGCCAAUUGCAAGAAAGAGGCCAUUUUCUAUUGCUGCUGGAACACAAGCUACUGUGACUACCCCUGCCAGCAAGCACACUGGCCAGAACAUAUGAAGUCCUGCACACAGUCUGCAACAUCAUCACAGCAAGAGCCAGACACUGAGUCAAACACAGACGGCAUUUCUAAGGUUUCUGGCCAUCCCAACAAUGGUCAGGACUCGCCUCGAGACACUGCAGGAGCUCCUCCUACAGACAAGGACAGUGAUGUGGACAAAUCAAAGGACAGUGUCACUGUCAGUAUGUCCUAGCUCAAGACAUACCAACUAAUGCAGAACUGCACUUACAACUGCACAUAUGUGCAAAAUAUGGUCAAGUUCCGUCACUACAACAAAAUACUUUUCAUGUUUUUGUCUUGCCAGGAUCUGCUUUUAACACUUUGGGAGGCUGAUUUACUUAUUUGUAUCAAUAACAGUUCCAUGUUCCAAUCUCAGUUCAAUAUAGCAUUAAAGACACAACCAGACCUCUUUAAUGACUUAUUUGGCUACUUGGCUCUUUUUUUUUCUUGUUUUUUUUACAUGAUUCUUACUUGAAGUCCAUAACAUUUUUCUGAUAGUCUUUGUGGGGCUGUCAACCACACACCUGCUGAGGGACACAGGAAUUACUGUAUGGGAAGCAGUGUGAACGAGGCAAUCAAAGAACUGGCUGAGGAGGCAGAGAAGGGCAACUUCUGGCUGUGGCUGAGGAGAAAGGACAAGUGUUGGGGGGAAAAACACUCAACCCAGACGCCAGCUGCAGAGGGUGGCAGGGAGACAUCCCUGUCACUGCUCCGCUACCAUGAGAAGUUCCUGCCCCUGAGGAGAUAGAGGAGAUGUGGGAGGAAAAAGAGGACAACUGGAUAUGGAGAACAUCAAGCCUGAAAUGACGAAACCGUUGGAACAGAAAUAUUCAUAUAAAGAGGAGCCCAUUGAUCCAGAGGAGAAGAAUAGAUAUGAUUUGGGAAUUCCUGCUGUGCUUACAGUUUGUCAGUGCGCGCAAACACAAACCUGAGGGCCUUCCGCACAUCCCUGGCAUCAUUCUAAACAAGAUAGACAUGACCUGCAUUAGUGAUGGAAUUCUCUGUAGUAGCAUAGUAUUGCACUUAGUGUGAAGUGCCAGGACAAUAUAUAUACUUGAUUAUAAAUCCAUGGACACUGGAGGAGGAACCAAAAGCCUGGUGGAAAACCACAGAGCUGAUGGACCCAACAUUGCUGAAUGCAGGGAGGUAAGAGAGGUAGAAGGCUUACUGGUGGACAAAGAAUCCCCUUGUGAGAACCAAAGAGUUCCCACCAGUCCCCACAAAAUGGAGUCAAGCCAAAAUGCAGAGAGCAAGCAACCAGCCAGGAGGGGAAAGAUCAAAUGGCCAAAGGUGAACAAAGCAGAAGCAUGGCACAAACUGGAUGUGGACUUGAUCAAGGUACUGAAGGGGUCAUUGCGAGGGGGAGGAGAGUCCAAACGUAAACUGUUGGGCACAUCAUAUACCAAGAGUGCAAAGACAGGUUUGGCUAAGUUACCACCUUGCAGAGGACUACUCCUGUACAGAAAGGAAGAAGAGAGAAGGAGCUCAAUCAGUUAGUGAAAAGGUGAUGACAAAGAAAUGGAGGAAGGCAACUCUGGCAGAGAAAGAGGGCCUGAAAGCACUGUGGGAAGAGGUCAGACAAAAGCCAGCUAGCCUUUGCAGAGCUGAGCGUGUCCAUAAACGCAGAAAGCAGAAAGAAAAAGAAACAACCAACUUCUUCAAAGUCCCUUUCAAGUGUGCCAGACAACUUCUGUAGGAGAAAAAGAGUGGAAAGUUGGAAGUCACCAGGUAACAACUGGGACAGCACAUCAGGAAGCAGUACAGUGAGUCAUCAAAGAAUGUUCCCUUAGUAUCACCAGGGUACGUGCCUCGGCCUAGCCUGCCCACAUUUGAGUUCAACAUCAUGCUCCCUAAGCUCAGUGAAGUCAGGCACAUCAUGGCGGAGGCAAGGCCUCAUCAGCACCAGGCCCAAACUGAAUACCCUACAAGCUCUAUAAGAACUGCCCCAAGGUGCUUGAGCUGCAGUGGUACCUCAGGAGGACUGCCUGGAAAAAGCAGUCAAUUCCAUCUGAGUGGCAGAAAAAAAGUAGCAGUCUUCAUCCCCAAGGAAGCAAACUCCAAAGACAUCAGCCAGUGCAGGAGCACUGCAUUGCUAAAUGUUGGAGGAAAAAUCUUCUUCUCUGUAUUGGCCAGAAGCAUCACCAGCUACCUAAAGAGAAUGGUUACAUUGACACCAACUGGCAGAAGGUGGGAGUCCCAGGCUUCCCAAGGUGGUGUGAAGCACUCAAUGAUGAUUUGGGAACAGAUCCAGAAGGCCAAGCGUGAGAAAGGGGGACCUACAUGUCAUCUGGCUGGACCCUCGCCAACGCUUAUGGGUCAGUUCCACACCAGCUGAUCAGCUGUUGCCAUGGAGUUCUUCCCUAUGCCCUCCUGUGUCAAGACCUUGGUGGAAAACUACUUCAUGGACCUGCAGAUAUGCAUUGCCCUUCCAGACUUCACCACUGGGUGGCAGCAGCUAGAAUUAGGAAUUGCCAUUGGGUGUGCCAUCUCUCUCAUCCUACUUGUAGCAGCCAUUGAAGUAAUCCUUAACAGAGCAAGACAAAUGGUGUGCGGGAUCAAAUUACCAUCCAGACAGAGGUUACUCCUACUGUAGAGCUACAUGGAUAACGCUAUCAGCCUCCUUCAGACAGCAGCAUGUACAUCCCAACUGCUGAAAAGGAUAGAUGAGCUGAUGUCCCCGGGCAAGAAUGAAAAUUAAGCCCUCCAAGUCAUGCAAUCUGUCGAUCAAGAAAAGGAGUUAAGAACGACAACACUACUUUUGUCAUCGGGGGCAAGAAAAUCCCACUUCUGGCAGCACAACCCAUUAAAAGCCUGGGGAGAUAGUAUAACGGCCGACCACUCUGACAAGCAGAUGGGGAGAACUGUGUUUGAAGCAGCUCUCAGAAGGCCUGGCAAAAAUAGACCGAAGCUAGCUCCCGGGGAAGUACAAAGCGUGGUGCUACCAAUUCAUACUGUACAAGGAGAGUAAUGUGGCCACUGAAAAUGAGCAAAAUUCCCCUUGUCCACAACAAGUAAGAUGGAUGGGAAAGCCAGCCCAUUAAUUUGAAAGUGCUGAGGUUGCCACAGUGCCUGUCUGAAAUGGGCCUCUUUGGGAUGAAUAUCUUGCAGCUUCCCCUGCAAUUUAUCAGUUUGGGCUACAAUCAGGAGAAGACCAGGCUGGUGCUUGAACUAAGAGAGUCCACCGAUUAGUCAGUGAGGGAUUCAAAUGCCAAGGUCCCUACUGGCUGGAAGUAAAAUGCCCAAACUGAAGUGGACCGAGCACUUGGAAGGCUGCAGCAUCAAGAACUUGUCAGAAGGAUCCAGGCAGGAAGGGCAGGGCUAGAGUGGGGAGAAGCACCACGGUUUUGGUCGAAGGCAAACCGAAAAGAGAGGAAGGAGGUGGAGAUGUCGGAGAUAUCAAGGAUGGAGGAAGAGUGCUAUAAGAUCAAGGCUGUGUCGCAGGGCUGUGAAGGGAGCUGGACAACAUGGGAUGGUGUUGUUGACAGGAAAAUCAGUUGGUCAGACCUGUGGAAGAUUCCACAGGCAAGACUUGGCUCCUUCUUCAGGUCCACAUACGGCACACUUCCCUGUCCUCUGAACCUUCACCACUGGUUUGGCAAUGUGAAAUCUGCAGUGUGUCCAGCACAAGCCUCCAGCACAUCCUGUCAAGCUGCAAGACUGUGCUUUCACAGAUGGCACCAUGACCAGGUCCUGAGAAAGAUGGCAGAGGAUGCUGGAGGGGUGUCGACAGGAAAAAUAUUCACAACCAGUGUAACACCACAUACACCAGGCCAUGAAAACAUCAAGGCUCUUUUCCUCUGACCAGGAGUGGAACAUGAGAGUAGAACUUGGCAGGGAGCUCCAGUUCCCCAGAGAGAUCAUCACUACAUCUCUACUUCCUGAUAUAGUGGCAUGGUCCACCAAGGCAAAAUCUGUGAUCCUCAUCGAGCUCACAGUACCAUCGGAGGUACAUCGGAGGUAUUGAGGUCUCUUACAAAAGGAGACCAGGUACUCAGAACUGGCUACCGAGUGCAGGGAGGCUGGGUGGAAAAUCACAAUUUACCCAGUGGAAGUGGGAUGCUGAGUUUUCGUAGGGCUGUAAACCGCACACCUGCUGAGGUACACAGGAAUUACGGGAGGCAGGUUGAGCAAGGCAAUCAGAGAAGGGCAGCUUCUGGCUGUGGCUGAGGAGAAAAGACAAGUAUUGUGGAAAAAACAAAAAGUGUGACAGGCAGCAAUGCCCAGCAGGUUAUAACAUCUGCCUGUACGUUUAUUGAUUGUUAUUAAUUUAGCUCUAUAAUACCAACAUUAUUACAGUGAAGACUCCACAUAUGGGCCGCUGCUGUGUUUUUUAAGCAGUAAUCCUUUGGUGCUCGGUCCAUGUUUGUGGAAAUUUUGUACAAUUAUUCGAAUCCUGUUUGGCAUUCAGGGCUUCACUCAGAACGAGAAGCUGUUUUCUCUAAAAUCAUCAUAUACAGAAGACUGAAAACCACACUUUUCGUCAUGUCAUUUAAAUGGCAAGCCUUUCACCAGCUAGAGUGGAGUCAUGAAUAGGUAAACACAUUAAUAAUCUGAAAGAGUAAAUAUAUUUGGGUGUCGUAACUGAAACACCCUGUAGAUAUCCCUGAUAUCUUAAAGAUAUAAAAAUGAUGAAGUGAUAUUGUUCACUGUGUAAAGGCUCGUUCUGAAGUGGCAGUAAUGUUGUGUUACAUUUUUUUAUCGCAGGUUGUCUAUUUCUUAAUAUAUAUAAUAAGCUUUAUAUGGGGGUUGGGUAUAAAAAUGUGAGAUUUUGUUUUAUUUUUAAUAGUUCACAAAUUGUAAAGAUGAAUAUUUGUUUAUAUUCAUAUUUAAUUCAUCCAACUUUCUGUUUGAUAAUAUGAAAUUCAGAAGAUUACAUUAUUGAUUUUCUCUAUGCAUCCAUUACUAAAAAAUUUGCAAUUUUGAGGGAUAAAAAAAAGUUUGACUAGAUUAUCUAUGAGUAUUAGUGUUUCCCAGUGCUUUUAUUAUUGUUUUUUUUACUCAAAGUGUAUUAAAUAUGGCACGGUAUGAUACAAUAUCAGUGUAUCACAAGAUACCAGGCUGUUUACUCUUAAAGAAUCACACGAUUGAUUUUUUCUAUUAUUUAAAAACCUUUGCCUUCACUCGCACACUGAAAUGCACCGAUUUUGUCUUUUUAACCUUAAUUACAUCUGACCAAGCUAUUUUGUUCUUUUUUUGCAUUAAAAUAGAAUAAUUAAUAGUAUUUCCAUCUCAUUCAUUAUUGUUAAUACAGACUACAGACAUUUCAUUUAUGCUUUUGUAGCUGAUCUUUAUCUACUGCUGAAUCAUUUUUGACUGAACGUUAUGUAAUAAUUUAAUAUUAAUCUGAAUUUAUUAUUUUAUUUUCUAUCAGGACAGUUGUGUUUAUGCUUAUGUUUAUAAUACCCCUCUCUGAUCAACAAAAAUAUAGCGUUCCAGUAAAGUUACCAAAGCGGAGUCUUGAAGGUCAUAAUUUACAUUGUGAUGCAUUAUUACAGGUCAUUACAGUACAAUAACACUGUUUAAACAGCCUCCCUAAUAUUUAUAUUGACUGUUGACUGUUCAGUACAUUCUUAGCUCUUAAAAAACUGCUGUGUAUAUUACAAUAAAAAAAAAUCAAAUGUUUACA